GCAACCACGGAGCCGCGGCCCGGGGAGCGAGUCUCCGCAAACUUGCUCCGAAUUCGCUGCAGGACUUCGCUGCUGCUUUGGAUGUUCAGGAAAACUGAGCGUGGUCUCUUAGCACGGCCUUUUAAUGCUGCAAAAAUAAACAGUGGAUAACCUCGGGAAGAAAUUUUUAGCUUGAAAGAGCCGUGGCUGUGUCUGUCUCCAGGACUGUGAUAUGUAUUGACUGAAGAGCUAACAAGAUCAUUGUAAGGAUUAAAUGAGAAGUACCUAGGGUGCCAGCACAAAAAUAGACUCAUAAUACACUGACCCUGGAAACAGAAGGGGAAUUCUUAUAAAUCACAAAGGAAAAUAAAUAACUUCACCCAUGGAGGGAAAGAGACAGCUUGAGAAAAGGGACUUUGGAAAAAGGCUGUCUCUAGACAGCAGUCUUGUGGAAUACAUGGACUCCAAUAAAUACAUUGAGCAUCUUCUAACUCAGCUCGAGGAGCAACACAGAAGUCUAUGGAGGGAGAAGUUGGCCGUGGCCCGGCUGCAGCGAGAAGUUGCCCAAAGAAGAAGUGAGGGGGCCAUACAAGAGAAGCUGAUGCAUGAAUUGGAAGAGGAGAGACACUUACGUCUUCAGAGUGAGAAGCGGUUGCAGGAGGUGACACUGGAGUCUGAGUCCAACAGAAUUCAGAUGCGUGGCCUCCAACAGCAGUUCUCCAGGAUGGAAGAAACAGUAAGAAAUCUACUGCAGAGUCAAGGGCCUCCAGAGCAGAAAAAAGAAGAAACUGUUAAUAUAAUGGUCUAUCAGGAAAAACUAUCAGAGGAAGAGAGAAAACACAAGGGAACUUUGGAAGGUCUUCACGUGGUGGAUGAGGACUCGAGGAGCGAAAGCAGCAGUGCAGAUGAGGGGAAAGAAAACACCAAAUUCCUGUUGGAAAGAUUGAAGGCUCUAGAGGCAGAGAAUUCAGCAUUGGCUUUGGAAAAUGAAAAUCAAAGGGAACAGUAUGAGCGAUGUCUUGACGAGGUAGCCAACCAAGUUGUUCAAGCUCUGCUCACUCAAAAGGAUCUAAGGGAGGAAUGUGUAAAGUUGAAAACAAGAGUGUUUGAUUUGGAACAACAGAAUCGAACGUUAAGCAUCCUGUUCCAACAGCGAAUCAGACCAACUUCUGAUCUGCUCCUCCAGAAACUUCACUCACGCAUCUUAGAUCUUUCAUCCGGAGAUUUGCUUUCAGAUGUGGAAAGAAGCCGAAGUCUGACGCAGUCACGGACUGAUGUUGAGAUGCAUGAAUGCCAGCCGAGUGCAAAAUCAGGAGUCCGGGCUUUGAAAUGCCCUGGCUUGGGGGUUGUCAUCCCUGGUCAUCUCUGUCCUCGAAACAGCUGCAGCAGCAGUGAGCUUUCCCUUUCGAGCACCUGCAGCGAGUACUCCAGUGGCUCCUCCUACACGUGGCAUGAUGGAAAGAACCUCAGGAAAAGGAUAAAAGAAGCAAGUGAAAACCUUCCAGAGGAUGAAGAUACCAUUGCAGAUUCCACAUUUCAGAACCACAUCAUAGAAUCCAACUGCCUGAUGAGGACACUGGACAGUGGGAUUGGAACCUUCCCACUCCCAGACUCGGGAAAUCGCUCCACAGGGCGGUACAUAUGCCACCCAGACUCCCCAGAGGACACUGAGCCCAGCCUGUCUCUCCAGCCAGCACUUUGUGCAGCUUCUUCCAUCAGAGCUCAGACCCUUGAACGAGAAGUGCCUUCCUCUGCAGACAGCCAUGCCUCUGCAGAUAACACCAUCGUUCAUUCCACAUCGGACCCCAUCAUGACCGCCAGGGGGAUGCGGCCUCUUGAAACUCGCCUCCCCAAACCAGCCUCCUCAGGAAAAAUCAAUUCCCAAAAGCAGAAUGAAGCAGAGCCAAGGCCCCAGACCUGCUCGUCAUUUGAAUAUGCCGAAAACACAAUCGCAAGCGAGCAGCUUCCAGACUGGGGGGUCGAAGACCCCACGGCUGAGACCCAGGACAAGGUACCCAGAAUGUGUGCGUACUCUGCUGGUGGUGGCAGUGAUAGUGACAGUGACCUGGACUAUGGAAAUAAUGGUUUUGGAGCUGGAAGGGGCAAGUUAGUGAAAGCAAGGAAGAACGCCACCCAAGAAAUUGAAACAGGUUGAAGAAACAAAAGAAGAUCCUGAGAACAGAUUAUGUAAAAUUUCCCCGGAGUCAUUCAAUAAAUAUAACAGCAAAACUAUGAUUUUGUUAGAAAGAGAGAAGAACUCUCUGAACGAGGUUGAAGGACAAAAGGAAGAAAAAGAAAAAAAUGAAGAGGCAUCUUUGAGUAGCUCAGAGAGGCCUGGGGUAGACAAUUUGGAAUCACUGAGUGAUUCUUUAUACGAUAGCUUCUCUUCUUGUGCGAGUCAGGGUUCAAAUGAUGUAUAAAGGACCUUUUUUUUUCCUUAGUGAGCUGAAAAUGGAGCACUUAAGCAACAGGGGUGUGUGUGGAGGGGAAUAGAGAUAGCACCAGUAAACCCUGGCAACACCAGAGACUGCAUUGUCGGAUUCACAGCAAGCAACCCACGGGAGCUUCCUUCUCUGACAGGGCAAUAAAGAUAGGCUCCAUUUGUUGUGUGUCACGAGGCUGAAAUGUAAACACACCCACAAUACAGAAGUCUUAAUUUUGCACUUUUUUUUGAAUACUUGUACAGAAGUUGUAAAUUUUUGGAAAAGAAAUUAUAUUUGUAGCAAAAAAAAAAAAAGACAGCAAUAAAUUGAAUCCGUGCCAUGCUCUUGAAAUGAUGUACUAAGUGUUAGAAGUUGAUAAUAUAUUUUUUAAAAAUUCCAGCGAAGGUGUUUGUUGACUUCACUGUCCUAGUACUCCAGUUGUUUGUGGGAACAUUCUGUAAGGCUAAAACAGUCCCGCCAAAAACCAGAGGGCUCGUGGUCAUCUCCAACUCACAAUCUCAACAUGAUAUGAACGUUAAUUCCAGUGCUAUUUCAGAAUUGUUGCCAGAGAGAUUCAGGUUCCAGUUCCAGUUCCUGUUAAUUAUGCUUCCGUUGAAAAAUGUAACAGGUACUCAAAGUGUGACACUGAUGGGAAGGGAAGUGGAUCAGAAGUGACCUAAUUCUAUUUUCAACAGCAGGUUUUCCCUCCAAACAUUUCCUUACAUCUUCUUCUACUUAGUGCUUCUCUAUAAUUCUCAACAGCAUUUGUUGAUUUUUAUCUUCCUGCUCUUUCGAUUAAAAUCUGGGCAAUCUAGAAAUGAAAGCAAAUUCCUAUCUGUAACGUUCACUUUUUAAAAAAUAAAAUGAAUGGUUGGUGCUACAAAAAAGAAAUCUUACUUUUUAAGAUCCUUUUUUUCCUACAAAGUCUGUUUAUAUGUGAGGACAAAUUCUAUUUUAAAGGUUAUUUGUAUUUUUUCUAGAUGUGAACUAUUUAUAAUUGCUUUUGUACAGGAGCUUGUAAACUAGGCCUAAUAGAAAUAUUUUUAGGAUCUAUAUGGUUACUUCAGUACACACUUGUUUGUUAAAAGAGCAUUGUAUAACCAGUGUUAUUUGGUUAAUUUGUGCAAUUUGUUAUAUUGAAUUUUGUUAUCUUAAAUGAAAAUUAUGUAAAGUAUCAUUGUCAGACUUUUAAAAAUUCUUCUGUUUCAUUUCUGAAUAAAAGUCGUAUCACAGUUGCACCCUCUGAAAUCUUAAAAGGACUUGUUCAAGAACCCUUUGGCCCAGUUAGUUGAAUCUCACACGUGCUACAACAAUCAAUUCCCGGAAGGAAUAAAUAAACUGGCCCCUUUGCUCCAGAGAUAGUAAUUCAGCCAAUUGUUAAGAUCAGAGUCUGCAGACAAGCAGGUAAUGGUCAAAGCAUUCAGUCUCCCCGAGGGGUUAACCAGCUAGAAAUGAAAGGGUACGGUGGGGGGCAAAGGGAGAGAAGGAGCCUGAGGCAGAUCUGGAACGACCUCUGCAAAAGAAUUACAAGAAAGUCAUUUAAGUCCAUUUCCAGACCUACUCUGCUGGCAGAAUGGGGAAAUAAAUAAUCAGCGUCCCGGCCUGAGAGAGCUUCCUCCAGGGGGUGGCCCAAGCGCACGAGGGUGAAGAGGGUCAAAGCUUCUGAAGC